GGGCAUUGCACAGGAAAUCUACUGCUGUGUCAAGUCCCAGAGAAGUUUCUUCUCUUCCAAGUUACUAAUCAGACUAAGGAAGGGGCAGAGAGGAAAGGAGUGCUUGCUGCUGAUGGGUUAAGAGGUGCUACCACGCAGAAGCCAGCGGGAGAGAGGAGGGAGCCUGGCCAUGGUCACUGUUGCUCCCCUACCUGUGAGGAGAAAACGUACCGAGUGAGCGGCAGACGCCAGAAACCAGAAAUGUCCUGCCUUUGGAGAACUUCUGACCUAGCGGUACUCUUGAUAUGGGGGGUCUUUGUGGCUGAGUCAAGAUGUAUGAAUGGGACUCAAACAGCACAGAACAGUUCAUCACCUUUGCCAGAAGCUAACAUUACAGUGUCUGUGCAGAUGGGUACAAAGGCUCCACUGUGCUGCCCUCAUAUUUCACUGACAAAAGCAGUACUAAUAACAUGGGAAAUAACUACAAGAGACCAGCCUUCCUGCAGAAUAUCCUACAGAGUAGAAACCAAGGAGACCAAUGAAACCAACUGUACAGACAGGAGAAUCACCUGGGCCUCCACACCUGACCAGAGUCCUGACCUCCAGAUCAGUGCAGUGGCCCUCGAUCAUGAUGGGCAUUACUUAUGUUUUAUAGCAACACCUAAUGGGAAUUUCCAAAAGAGACAUGACCUCCAAGUUCUAGUCCCUCCUGAAGUAACCCUGUCUCCAGGGAAAAAUAGAACUGCAGUUUGUGAGGCGACUGCAGGCAAGCCGGCUGCUCAGAUCUCCUGGACUCCAGAUGGGGACUGUAAAACUAAGAAAGAAUCUCACAGCAAUGGCACCGUGACUGUCAGGAGCACAUGCCACUGGGAGCAGAGCAAUGUGUCUACUAUGUUCUGCUUUGUCUCCCAUUUGACUGGCAACCAGACUUUGUCCAUAGAACUGAAUCAAAGUGGCAAAGCAUCACAAUCUUAUAUUCUGUACGUCAUCCCAUGUACUACUAUUAUUAUUGUUUUGAUCAUCAUAGGAUGCAUUUGGCUUUUGAAAAUCAGUGACUUCAGAAAAUGUAAAUGGACAAGACCAGGAGCUUCUACAGUUGUUGAGGAGGAUGACAUGCAGCCUUACGCCAGCUACACGGAGAAGAGCAAUCCACUCUAUGAUACUGUGACCAAGGUGGAGGAGGCAUGCUCAAUGCCACAAGGUGAAGUCAAUGGCACGGACUGGCUUGCUUUAUCAGCCACUGGAAUCUAGAACCAAGAAAAAUGAAUCAAGAGACACCAUAAUUACUGUUUUGCUUUCCUUAAAAUUCUACAAUGGAAGGAUUGCUUGGAAACUUGCUCUUCAAAAGUUCUUAGAAAGCACAAAUGUUCUAAUGGAUUUGCAUUUGUAUUCUUCUAUGGUUGGAGGCUUGGAAUCUCUGCUGCUACCAGUUAGUUCUUUGAAGAACUGAUGUAAUUAUUUCAAAGAAAGCACAAGGUUCUUAUACAAUAUCACAUUGUGCAAUAUAGUGUGAUGAAAACUGAGUUUCCUCAAGAAAUAACUGCAGAAGGAACAAUCAUUACUAAAGAGUUUCUUAUGAAUUCUUCCAAAAUUGUUUCUCUGUAUAUGACAUAGCUAUGGUAUAUGUAUGCAUUUAUGUUUAUUUACAUAUGUGUAUACAUGCACACAUCACCUUGUCAAGACCGCUCCUUGUCAAAACAUACUGGAAUGCUGGACUUACAAAAGUUAAUAAUGUGAGUCUUGGAAACCUUUUUAUAACAGCAUAAGCAAAACUACCUCAUUCUUUUUAAUGUCUACGUAAAAUUCCACUGUAUGAUUAUAUUGUAAUUUAAUUAAUCAUGGCCCUUGGAUGGGCAUUUAGAUUUUGUUUUGUGUGUGGUAUUAAACAAUACCAAGUAGAAUGUUUCUUAUGGAUAAUCUCUGCAUUCUUUGAGCACAUAGCGAGAUAAUUUUUUGAGAGUAAUGGUCCUGCCAGUUGGAAUGUGUUUUUUAUUAUUAAUAGAUCAGUCAAAUUGUGUCAAUUGACAUUCCCUCAAAUUAUGUUUGAAUGUGCCUUUCUCCAUAUUCUUAUUCUUGUUUCCUUAACUUUCUCACUCCCACAGUUUCUAUUUUUCAGUUUUAAUUAACUAGUUGGGGGAUAAGUCUUAAGAUUAUGAUAUUAACUCUAUUAUUUAAUGAAACUGGAAUCAUGUCUUUGUCAGGUCUGCAAGAGAGAGACAGCAUUUGAGGGACAGUAUUUUCACCUCCUUGUAUCAAUACAGAAAUGCUGACAUCUCAUGCAUGACAGUUUUACAGAUGUGAUGAGCUGUGCAUUUUAACACUCUAUUCUGAUACAUUUAUCAAAUAGCAAGUGUCUGUAAGUGGGACAACGGGGUUAUUUACACGCUAAAAAGAUGGCAAUGGGAUGAUAUAACUUUCUCCUUCAUUUUUUGUUUACAGGGAGAUAUGGGGAAUAUAUAUAUAUAUAUACAUACAUACAUAUAUACAUAUACAUAUAUAUAUAAUUUUUAACAUCUUUUAUUGUUAAAAAUAAGCUUGUUCCCCUUUAUAUUAGGAAAAAUAUUUAGGAUGGAUUUUUUUUGUCUUAUUUUAUCUGCUUUGUUUUUUUUUGAAACAAGGCCUUGAUGAUUUCUAAGGUAGUUCCUCAACUCACCAUACAGCCCAGGCUGGCUUCCCAAGGGCUGUGAUUACAAUUAUGUGGCAACAUACAUGCAAAAAUCAUCUUCAUAUAAUAAAAUGAUAGAAAUUAUAACAAGACUCAUUCACUCUUCACAUA